AUGGAUCCCCCAAGUCCCAAGUCCGAGACCAGCCAGUCUGACACUGAGCGCCAGGUCGAAAGCCCAAUCGACCAAGGCCAAAAAGAGAUUCAUUCCUCCGAUGUCCAGCAGAGCGACAACAGCAAAGGCAAAAGGGGAAUCGAAGUUGAAGCAGAAAGUUAUCAGACUCACACCUCGUCUGUCCUCCAAGACAAAUCUUCCAACACAAGUCGUUUCCCUCAACGCGGUCACACCUACACCGUAGUCAGAGUUGGCGGUGGUAAGCCUAUCGUUAUUCAAGAUGAUCCAUCUGAAGAGCAACACUCCGAGUCAGGCUCUGAUCCAGCAUCCGAUCCAGCCCUCGAGCCGCGUAAAAUCAAGUCCGAGGAUGAGGAGGGUUAUUAUGCUCCGGGAGGGUUGGAAAGUGAUGACGACUCUGGUACUUUUCGGUCUACGUUCACUAAAGAGAGCUUUGGUUUCUCUAUCGGAGCGCCCGGAUGGAAGAAAGCACCUCGUUAG